AUGCAAGAACCCGAGAUUUUCGAGCAACCCGUGGCCAGCAAGGAUCCCGAAGCUCAUGGCGCCGGUGACGAGCAUGCGAUGUAUGGCGGUGCUUAUGGCGGGACCAUUUACAGCAACGGGGUCUCGCCAGUGGCCGCCCGAGACGACGAAUCGGACGAUUACCGCGACUUCGUUUUUCCCGAAGGUUGGUCGUGCCCUUCUCCUUCUCCGCUGCGGGUAUGGGUAAUCGACACUGCGUUGACGUUACAAUUCGUCCUCUUCGCCAUCUCAACGGGCAACAGCAUCAGCUUCAGCAGCUACCUGCUCCACGCUGCCACAAAGUCUUCCCAAGAGGGGACUUGGAUGAAUCAGGGAAUUGCCAUCGCCGCCAUCACCGUCGUCUGCCUCAUUCACGCGUUCGCCCCGCGGUGGGGUAUCUGGUUGAGCAAUGGUUUCGGUGCCUUUAAGCUCGUCAUGCUUAGCCUACUCGUUUGCACUGGAUUUGCCGCCCUCGCCGGCAGGACGGCAACGCCGCGGCCCGAUAACUUCUCGAGUUUUCACGGUGCCGGCUCGUCGAGGGCCCCUGAUGACAACCCCGCGGGGGCAGCCGGCGGGUAUUCAAUUGCUCUGCUACAGGUCUUAUACUCGUACAGCGGGUGGGAGAACGCCAACUACGUCCUCACCGAGUUUGCGGCCAUGAGCAAGAUCGAAAUUGCGAACGCGAAAACGGUUGUUGCGGCCAAGUUCUUCGAAAACGUAUGGGGCGAGAGCUCAUUCGUAACCAGGGUGGUACCACUCUUCAUCGGCCUUUCCGCGCUUGGGAAUGCGUUUGCGCAAUCUUUUGCUAUGCCUCGAGUGAAACAAGAACUUUCAAAGGAGGGCGUGCUGCCGUUCUCCCGAUUUUGGGCCAGCGACUGGCCGUUCAACGCACCAUCCGGAGCCAUCUUCUUGCAUUGGAUCUUCACAGUGAUCUUCAUCCUCGGCUGCCGAACUCCAGACGUUUACAGCUUCGUCACCAACGUCUUCAUCUACAGCGGCAACUGGAUUAAACUUUUUCUCGCUCUUGGCCUCGUUUACCUUAACUUUGCCCCCUCAGAACGCUGGGCCGAGCAGCGUACGACAUUCCGCAGCUCGCCGUUGUUGACCAUUUUCUGGAUCUUGUCACUUCUGUUCGUACAGGUGGCGCCCUUCAUUGAUAAUGACUUUCUCCUGUUUGUGCCGUACUAUGUCUUCCCCACGCUAGGCACCAGCCUGCUGGUCAUUGGCACUGGGUACUGGCUCGUGUGGGCCAAGGUGCUGCCGGCUUUUGGGUACCAUAUCCAGCACGAGAUCGUGCAGAUGCCGGACGGGAGCGAGAGGGUCAAAUACAAGAGGGUCAAGCCGAAGAAACGGAAGAAACCAGGGCAGUGGACUCGGCAGCGGAAACGGUCUGUUUGGUGA